CCUGUAGUCCAAUACAGUCGUCUCUGCUGUCAGAAACGAAAAUAGUAAAAACCCAGGAUUUAAUCCAAGGGUAGGACGUUAUCGUGGUUCCCGUGACAGUGCUUCAGUGUGAGGCCACUGUACACCAGGACAUGGACGAUGAUAAACCGUUCGUAUGCUCACAGAAUGGUUGUGGACAGCAAUUUACAAAUGAAGAUCAUCUUGCUGUGCAUAUGAGAAAGCAUGAGAUGUCCUUGGCUUUAAACCUACAAAGUGGCACUCUCAACACAUUGACUCCCGGCCGAUCUCCAGGACGAUCACCUAGUGGCAUGGGGGCGGCCGGACACUUCCUAGAUCAAACUCCUACCCCCACAAAGUUUCUUCGCAAUUGUGAAGAGAUUGGGCUCUUCCAGGAGUUGAAAAAUCCUUUUGAAGAAGCAUUCAAGAAGGCAUUGGACACUGAUGGUGUUGUGAUGCAGACUGGUAGUCCCUUUCCUGGGCCGAGCUCAAACGAGCUGAACACGCCGAUCCCGCAUCCCACACCAAAGAUCAUUCACGGGAUUAAACGGGAGAAAGUCGACCCAGAAGAUCUCAUUGACAAUGACAACAACAUUGCACUCAAUCUAACCAAACUGAAGACUAUUGAACCAACGUCCACAACUGAUGACGAUAGUGAUGUCAUUGUGGUGUCAGUCGAUGACCAAUCCAAGACCGUGGCACCGCCUAUCUCCGUGGCAACAGGUGCCACUGCCGAACCACCUGUUUCAUCUAAUUUGUUGGUGACGGCUGCACAGUCAACAACUGUUUCACCACCCAAGACGACAAUUGGUGUGGCAACACCGGUCAUACAGCCUCCACAGUUUGCCACCUGUAUGCAGGUGUUUCUCCAACUUCCUUCAGGACAGACCGUCCCGGUUCAAAUCCCUGCCACCAUCACCAACCCAGGCAUUCAGACCAUUACCAACGCGGGCAUACAGAAUACAACAAACCAGGGGGCACAAGCUCCCCUAGCAAACCAGGGCCUACAGCCAGGUACAAAUGCAUUGCAGACAAUCUCAAAUCCGGGGCUACAGAAUAUUCCAAAUGCCAGUGUUCAGAAUGUCACGAAUGCUGGCAUUCAGAAUAUCACGAAUGCUGGCAUCCAAAAUAUUACGAAUGCUGGUGUCCAGAACAUCACAAACCCUGGUGUACAAAUUGUGCAGGGAUCUCCGAGUAUGAUACAGAAAAUUCCAACGCCUGCAGCAGUCACUCCUUCCAGUCGGCCAUCCCCCUCGGCCAGCCCUGCACCGCAGUCCAUGCUGUCACAAUCACCGGUCAAACAGCAACCAUCUGGGUCUGGUCUAGCCCAGUCCUCUCUGACAAAACAGAGAUUAAAAGCUGCCCUUCAGCAACAGACAGUGCCCUCACCUGGGUCACAGAAAGCAUCGUCCCCGGCAACCAGAGUAAUCCAGAUGUCACCUGACCUUAAUACAGCCAAUCAAAUCACAGUUAUUUCCAGUACCACUAAUUACGCCCCAGGACCAAGUAUGUCGCCGAUGUCAGAGACGAGCGUCAGCGUAGCGUCAGAUGUAUCGUCUCCUGACACUGACAUGCCACUUCUAAAAAGAAUUAAAAAAGAUGAAAACUGUUCCGACGAUAGAAGAGUAAAAUUUUUAGAAAGAAAUCGUGCCGCGGCUGCACGAUGUCGUCAAAAGAGAAAACAUUGGAUCACAAACCUAGAAAGGAAAGGGGAUGAACUUCAAAUGGUCAACAAUCGACUGAUGUCUGAUAUAAACGGACUGAAGAGUGAAGUAGCCCAGCUGAAGACAUUACUGCUAGCUCACAAGGACUGUUCUGUCACUAUACAGCAGAAAUCACAAGGCCAGUUCCCAUACCAAGCAUUUUCUAUGCUCGAGAGUGGAGUUCCCGGUGCUAAUGAGGCUGGAGUUAUCAUAGAAACUGAUGCUUCAAGUGCUUCAACAGGGACUUCAACAGGAACCUGGGUGACCGCUUCAUCACCAACAGUGAUAAAAACUGCAUUUUCCACAGCAACAGCAAGCGCCAUGUCGGGGCAAAAGACAAUAACAAUUAUCCCCAAAGUAAUCAAAGCAGAAAGCACAAAACCCAUCCGGAAGAAAUGACACAGGACCAUCACCAUAGCAACUUAAUUAUUUAUGACUUGUUGUCUUGUAUACUCUAACUGGCAGCCAUUUCAGCUUCUAUUUCCAUGUUUUUUGGCGUUUACCACAUACAGGUUACACCCAUUCGUUGACGUACAGAAUUGAGUAAGGAUGGGAUAUGUGCAGGAUCUGGAAUUUAAAUAUUUGACAUCGAAAUUUAUAAAUAUUAAAAUGAACUAAAAUUUACUAAAUGAGAACAAUACAACAUGGAACAGAUGGCCAUGAAAAUCAUUGGUAAAUAUUAAAUUCCUUUGAAAGUUUUUGAUAUUAUAAGUCAAUGACAAUAAUAAAAAUCAUUAAAUUGACACAUUGACCAAGAAAUAGGUGACGAUAACUGUGAAAAAUGUUCAAAAUCUGAUACAUUUUCAUUUUGUCCAAGGAGAGAACAAAAUUGCAAAAUGUAGAUAAUUUUACUAUAAAUAUAGAACAACCAAAAAAAUAUUUUUGUCCUUUUCAUAAUUUCCUACUGAAGAUGAAACUUGUUGCUUUUAAUAUCUUUUUAGUAAAAAUGGGAAAAUUUCAAUCAUAGAAAGAAUUUUUUUUAAUAUCGAGAUCUUCUGAGAUAAGGCUUAUUGGGGUUUGUUGUGAGAGCUGGAACGUUUAUUUUGGUACUGAUUGUGUAACAAAUCUACCGAUACACUCUACGAGAAAAAUCUACACAACACAGAAUUUGUUUAAUGAUUAUGACUAGCAAGCUUUAUCAUCGCUUAUACAUCAAAAAAAAAUUAAUGAAUUGUAACUGCAUGUUUGAUCUGGUUCUCUCAAAAUUGAAAUGGAGGCAAACAAAUUUAAAUAAUGUAUAUUAUAUCUAAAAAAAUAUAUAAUACAUGUAUAUUUGAAUAUUUUCCUAGGUUUUGAAAUGGAACCCUGUUGUAAUCUGGAACCUGCCCCAUAAACAAGGCCAUAUUCUAUACAGUACUAUGUAUGCUGUGGAACCUUAUUUUCCGGGUACUAGACUUCAUAUCUCACUAAAUAAUUUGGUUUCUAACAUUUUAAAAGUCGGCUCUAUAUUUAUCAAGUGGUUUCUGUCCUAGGUGGAUUACAUUUCAAUCAUGUUUGUUGUAUUUUGAUUCGAAAAUAUUAACAUGAACCUGUAAAAAUUCUUUCGUCAAGAAAUAUUGGCCCUACUUUAACUGGAAGAAGUUUUAAAGGUUUAACCGUUGCAGAUCUCGACCAAUACCACGAUUAUUGCAAGGGGAGACAACCAAUGUUAUAAAAUAUUCUGCUCUUGUCUAUUCAAUGUAUUAAACUUUUGCCAAAUUGUUUAUUUAUAGCAUUCUAUAGUUGUCAGUGUCUUCAUCAUCGCAUUUUUUCUCGUAAGAAAACGUCACUUUAAAUGUUUGGGUUUUGGGUAUAUCUGAAUACAGAUUGUACAUGUAGAUGCACCAUUUCGCUAGGAACCAGUUUUAAUGCAGACAAACGUGAUUUGCUUUCCUUUACUUUAGUUUUGUAUUUUUGUAUUCCGCCCUAAAUCAGCCUAUAUGCCAAUAUGGCUAUCAGGAGUCGAGAUUUAUGUACAGUAGAAGAUGACAUCAUCCUUUUCACAAUGGACCAAAUCCUAUAUACAUGUACAUGUUUAUAAAUGGUGUGUAAUACAUAUAUCCAACUGUUGUAAAGCCAAUGUCUGCUGAAGAAUAGUGCCUGCAGGCUUGCUUCUCCAAAACAUGGUUGUGAACAUGAUCAUACCAAUCACAACUUGCCGACUCGUCCUCCAUCAUUGUUCGAAGUCCAGCCAAUCAUUUUAAGUUCUUAGUGGUAGCUGUAGAUUAUCUGCAUAUUAAAUCACCUCCGGCUUGGCCAGUCUGACAUCUCAAUACCAGUACAUGUAUAAAUAUCUAAAAUAGAAUUUCAUGUUAACCAUUUAAGCAAUGAACGGUGGUUUUAAUGUUGUUAUUGUCGAUAUGGCAGCAAGA